AAAUUUUCAAAUAAUUGACCGUUGGUCUGGUCAAAAAAGCCGGCCACUACUUCAAACAAGUCACAUCUCUCAUCUCAUCUCUCCUACUCCCAUCUUUUAUGAAACAGAUCAAAGACUCAACAACAAAGCAAAGCACCAACAGCAUCAAUGGCAGCUCCGGUGAGCCUCCGGCGAUUUGAUCUCUCCGACCUUGACGACUUUUGGGUUUGGGCCUCUGAUAAGCACGUGGCAGCCAACUGCACUUGGGAUGCCUACACGAGCAAAGACGAUCUUAGACGGUUUAUGGAAGAGAAUGUUCUCACAAGUCCAUGGUUCCGUGCUAUUAUUGUCAAUGGCCGGCCAGUCGGUGCCGUGUCAUUAAAGUCUUUCAACGGGGCAGACAGUCAGUGCCGCCGCGAGAUAGGCUAUGUAUUAGCAAGAGAGUGGUGGGGGAAAGGGGUGGCGACAGCGGCGGUAAGGAUUGCGACGGAGGCGGCGAUGUCUGAAAUAAAGGAGUUGGAGAGAUUGGAGGCUUUGGUAGAGAAGGGGAAUAAGGCGUCUCAAAGGGUUUUGGAGAAGGUAGGAUUUCAAAGAGAAGGGUUGUUGAGAAACUAUUGCUGGAAUAAAGGGGCAACGAGAGAUAUGGUUAUGUAUAGUUUCAUAAGGGGAGACAGUUUCCUCAUUUGAAUGAGUUCUUCUACUUAUUUAGCAGAACUUAGAGCCUGUUUUCAUGGUUUUUGCUAUCUGUUUGUCUCAGUUUGAUAUAUGCUUGUGGUGUCAGAAAAUUGAAUAAUUGAACAAUUUUCUUUUA